ACCUCCAUAUGAAGCAGGUACAGCCCUCAAAAGAAAAAUAAAAUGGUGAGUGGGGUUUGGCUCAUGGGUGCACCAGACACCCUAGGGACCACUGCCUCGCUGCAGCCCCACAGGGGUGUCCGGGGCCUCUAGCUCCUGUGCCUACAAGCCCCAGUUCCUCACACCUGGGGUGUCUUGGUCUCAUUCAGACCAGACCAGGACCAGAGGCCCUGCCUCUCAGGCCAGUAGGUCCAGUGCAGGCUCACAGGACACUUUUCCUGUCCAGUCUAGGAGCACACACUCCCUGGGCCGGGCACACCUGACAGUGGCUGUGUUCCAUCUCCCCACCUGCCCCACACCCAGGAGGGGCUUCCAUCCUGCUCUUUUCAGAUCCCUUUGCACUUGCAGGACUAGGGCUCUGGCCACUGAGAUUCAUGUGGGCUCAGGUCCACACUCUGCUGUACCGGCCAGCACACAAGAGCCUUUUCCUCUCUCCACCACGCGAGGGCCGCCUUAGCCAGUUGAGAAAGGGCCUGGCCAGGGAGCCUGGGUUUCAGCCAGCACCAGAGGGUCAGCCUCCCCGACCCCCUUCAGCCCCAUCGUCAGAGGAGAGCCAGGCCACACACACCAGACACCUUCGUGCUGCAGAGGCCUCACCCUCAAUAGAAAGGGUUUAGAACUGACUCGAAAACCUGCUGCCAGAGUGUGACUGUGAGAAGGGGCGUGGAGAAGGCUGCAGAAUCUCCCUGGGGAAGGGAGCAGAAGCCCCCAUCGCUGGGCCGAACGCGGAGUGCCUGCCCCUCUGCCUCUGGUGAUGCCCAGGAGCAGGCCCGCGGGAGCCUGCCCUGGGACAGACCCUGGCCUGCAGUUGGGUAGGGGAACCCGCGGGGCUGGCCAGCCCUGCCCCCUCCUGAAGGGCAGCUUUGAUCCCUGGGCCCUCAUAUCCCUGAGCCCAGGCCCGGGAGGGAGGAGGGGCUCCGGUUACAGCCCUUUCCCCUCCCCUCUCCGGCCAGUGCCGCCCUUCUCCGCCCCUCGGUGACCCUCGUGGCCAGUGUCUCUGUGCUCCUGGGCCUUGGCCCCUCCCCAGACUUCCUCCCCUCUCCCCGCCCGCUGCCCUGAGCUGACCAGAGGGGCCAGGCGGGGGAGGGGCCGGUGCCACAUGCACAGACUCAGCUCCAGAGACCCGGAACCCACCCAGCGUCUGCUGUGAGCGCCGGCCUUGGGGGACAGAGGGGAGCCCUGGGGCAGAAGGCCGGGGCGCCAUCCGCAGCCCUGGGAGGGUGGAUGCCUGCAGACGGGAGGCUCGGCAGGGCCUGAGGAGGGGAGGGGCCAGCGGCCACACCCCCCCAGCCCCUGGGCCCGCGGUCCCCAUGCCGGCCCUGAGGCCACUCCUGCCGCUGUUCCUGCUGGCUGGGCUGACUGUGGGGGCCAGCCUGCCGCCGGGGCCCGGGGACCACCCGGGUGUGUGCCCCAACCAGCUCAGCCCCAACCUGUGGGUGGACGCCCAGAGCACCUGUGAGCGUGAGUGCGGCGGAGACCAGGACUGUGCGGCCACCGAGAAGUGCUGCACCAAUGUGUGCGGGCUGCAGAGCUGUGUGGCAGCGCGCUUCCCUGGCGGCAGCCCGGCUGCACCCACUCUGACAGCCUCGUGCCAGGGCUUCGUGUGCCAGCAGCAGGGCUCCGACUGCGACAUCUGGGAUGGGCAGCCUGUGUGCCGCUGCCGUGACCGCUGCGAGAAGGAGCCCAGCUUCACCUGCGCCUCGGAUGGCCUCACCUACUACAACCGCUGCUACAUGGACGCCGAGGCCUGCCUGCGUGGCCUCCGCCUGCAUGUCGUGCCCUGCAAGCAUUUCCUCAGCUGGCCACCCAGCAGCCCCGGGCCCCCUGAGACCACCGCCCGCCCGCCGCCCGAGGACGCCCCGGUGCCGCCUGCUCUCUACAGCAGCCCUGCCCCGCAGGCUGUGUACGUGGGGGGCACAGCCAGCCUCCACUGCGACGUCAGUGGCCGCCCGCCGCCCGCAGUGACCUGGGAGAAGCAGAGUGACCAGCGGGAGCACCUGAUCAUGCGGCCGGACCAGAUGUACGGCAACGUGGUGGUCACCAGCAUCGGGCAGCUGGUGCUUUACAACGCGCGGCCCGAGGAUGCCGGCCUCUACACGUGCACCGCUCGCAAUGCUGCUGGCCUGCUGCGGGUCGACUUCCCGCUGUCCGUGGUCCAUCGGGAGCUGGCUGGGGACGGGCCCACCGCCACCCCCCCGGCCCAGUGCCUGCCCAGCACGCAGGCCUGUGUCGGGCCCCCAUCUGGCCGCGUCCUCUGGCACUUUGACCCGCGGCGGGGCGGCUGCAUGACCUUCCCAGCUGGCAGCUGUGCGAGGGGGGCCCAGGGCUUCGAGACCUACGAGGCGUGCCAGCAGGCCUGUGCCCACGGCCCCCGGGAUGCCUGCGUGCUGCCGGCCGUGCAGGGCCCCUGCCAGGGCUGGGAGCCUCGCUGGGCCUACAGCCCGCUGCUGCAGCAGUGCCACCCCUUCGUGUACAGCGGCUGCGAGGGCAACGGCAACAACUUCGAGAGCCGAGAGAGCUGUGAGGGGGCCUGCCCCGUGCCGCGGACGCCGCCCUGCCGGGCCUGCCGGCUCCGGAGCAAGCUGGCGCUCAGCCUGUGCCGCAGUGACUUCGCCAUCGUGGGGCGGCUCACCGAGGUGCUGGAGGAGCCCGAGGCGGGCAGCGGUGGCAUCGCACGCGUGGCUCUGGACGACGUGCUCAAGGAUGACAAGAUGGGCCUCAGGUUCCUGGGCACCAAGUACCUGGAGGUGACACUGAGCGGCAUGGACCGGGCCUGCCCCUGCCCCAACGUGACAGCUGGCGACGGCCCGCUGGUCAUCAUGGGCGAGGUGCGAGAUGGCGUGGCCAUGCUGGAUGCGGGCAGCUAUGUCCAUGCUGCCAGCGAGAAGCGAGUCAAGAAGAUCUCAGAGCUGCUAGAGAGAAAGGCCUGUGAGCUGCUCAACCGCUUCCAGGACUAGCCUGCCCUCCCCACACCCCUCUACCCGCAGCCCCAGGCCCAUGCCCCUCCACCCCCGGCCAUUGAAUAAAAGCAUCCUGGACCUCA